UCCCCGCUGAAGAUGGGUGCCGACAAACCCAACGGAGUCGUAAACUACUGCCGAAGACCUCCUCAGAGACCGUUCCUCCAGAAAAUCCAGUAUGCGAUCUGGAAUCCUGAGGAGAGAACCUUCCUUGGCAGAACUCCUAAGAGAUGGGGUGUAAUAGGGCUCAUAUACCUGGUGAUGUAUAUCUGCAUCAUCAUCUUCUUCUCCAUCUGCAUGUGUGGGCUGCUGGCCACCAUGGACGACCGGAUCCCAUACUUCACACUCGCCGACUCCAUCAUCGGCAAUAACCCAGGCAUGGGCCACAGACCGCUGCUCUUCGAAGAGGGAGCGCUGAUCUGGUACGACCAGUCCAACUCCACGCAGGUGAAGAAGUAUGUCGACAAUAUCAACGAGUUCCUUGCGCCAUACCGCAACAAAAGCCUGCUCAUCAACCAGGGUGUGAACCAGCGCGAGUGUGGCGCCAUGAAGCCUCCGCGGGAAGAGGUGUGCGCCUUCGACGUGGUCAACCAGUUCGGGCCCUGCACCAAGGAGAACAACUACGGCUUCGACCAAGGGACUCCGUGCAUCAUCAUCAAGCUUAACAGGUUAUAUGACUGGAAACCAAUCUUCUACGACGAUCCCGGGGAUUUGCCGCAGAACAUGCCUCCUUACAUCAAAAACUUCAUCAAUAACACAACGCCAGAACGACGCCGCAGCGUGUGGCUGACGUGUAUGGGGGAGAGACCUGCGGACGUGGAAGCCCUGGGUCCUCUGAAGUACUACCCGUACCCAGGGGUCCCUGAGGUGUUCUUCCCGUAUGACAACACCCCUGGCUACCUGAGCCCGCUGGUCGCUGUACAGCUGGAGAAGCCAGCGUUGGGGCAGAUAAUAAACAUCCGCUGCAGGGCGUGGGCGAAGAACAUCGUCUACACCGAGAGCCUUAAGGAGCGGCUCGGAUCCACCCACCUAGAAAUCAUGAUCGAUAAAACUCCAGAACCGGUGAACAUUACCACCGUUUAGGAAGAACUCUCUUACAUUUUAUAUUAUAAUAGACAGAAAAUAAAAUCCUAACACAAAGCCACUUUCCGGGAAAAUUCGGAAAACUUUUUUUAGAUAAUGUUUAAGUAUAAUUUUGAACAGUUUUGGAAGUGCGUCAAUAGGCCGUACAGCCAAACGAAUGGACCUAAGUACUUAAUAGAUUAAGGGCUAUUUCACCACUAAAAUCCAUGGGUUUUACAACUUUAGGUUAAGAUAUCUGACACAUGAGCGAAAGUAUGUAAAACUUUUUCAGGAAUCGUGAGAAUACGCCCUUAGUUUUUAGAUCUAGUCACA